GAAAGAUCACCUGUCGCUUUUAAUCGGGGAGGGAGAUCUAAGCAGGCGAGGGGGAGGGGACGGAGAGGAGAGGAGAGGAACGGACCGAGGGGCUGCCGGAGGGGAUCUAGGAUUGCUCAGCCACCCGGUAUCUGGGACUGUGGAAGCGGCGGAGGCGAUUCCCGGGGAAGGCAAUUCAGCCGAGCAGCCGGGAUUUAGAGGAGACGGCUGAGUUUGGGCUGGAGACGGAGAGCCUAGAAUAGAUGUGUGAUUAUUAUUCGAGAUUCGGGUCCCCCCCAGCGAGCAAUUGGCACAACUUCGAGAGGGGGUUUUCCGCCGCCGCUCUGCUCGCGCCUCCCGCCUUUGCUCGCCCUCUCGCCUCCGGCUCCUUCAGUUUCGGUUUAUGGACCGCUCACCCCAUCUGGAUAUUGAAGAGCUCAAGAUGACACGGGAACAGUAUAUACUAGCAACACAGCAAAACAGCCUGCCAAGAACAGAAAAUCCUCAACUUUAUCCAGUAGGGAUUUAUGGCUGGCGAAAGAGGUGCUUAUACUUCUUUGUCCUCUUGCUAUUGGUUACCAUGAUCGUUAAUUUAGCCAUGACAAUAUGGAUCCUGAAAGUAAUGAAUUUCACAGUGGAUGGAAUGGGAAAUCUCAGAGUCACCAAAAAAGGAAUUCGACUUGAAGGGAUAUCUGAAUUUCUACUUCCAUUGUAUGUGAAAGAAAUCCAUUCCCGAAAGGACAGUCCACUGGUCCUACAAUCAGAUAGGAAUGUUACCAUGAAUGCAAGAAAUCAUAUGGGACACAUAACAGGACAGCUGACUGUAG